AUGGUGAGCUGUUUUGCUUCUAUCAAGGAGCUAGGCAAAGCAACGCCCCUUAAGGUGUUUAGGGCAGGAAGGUCCCCGUCACCCCCACUCAGCUAUAUGAUUACAAGCUCCAGUACGGAGAUGCCAGACAUGGAUAAUGGAGAUGAUAUGAUGGUCCAAUCAAACGCAACCGUGGAGGAAAGGCCAAAUGAACCCCAUCGAAUGAAUCUUGACCCAGAUCCUCUCAGAGGUGCCUUCAACCCAAAUUUUCAUAGUCUUGUCUCUGAUUUGAUUCGUAAGCAUUAUCCUGCAAUCUUGGUCAUCAUGGAAACAAAAGUUAGUGGAGACAGAGCCAAAAGUAUUGCAGAUUGGCUCCCCAUGGAUGGGGCAAUUUUGGACUUUACCCAAGUGGAAGUUACAAAGCUCUCUACCACAGGGCAAGAGGUCCAUGCAUUGGUGACUCUCAACACCCCCAACUCCGUGGGUCCUUGGCUCCUCUUUGCAGUCUAUGCUAGCCCGAAAAUUGUUGAAAGGCAACUUUUAUGGGAUAAUCUAUCUAUUAUUUCCAGUCUUCAUGCGUUACCCUGGGUUAUCGUAGGGGAUUUUAAUGAAGUACUAGUUGGGGAAGAUAAGUUUGGAGGCAGAACGGUGAAUAUCAAUAGAGCUCUCAGAUUCCAGGAGUGCCUUAAUACCUGCAAGAUGAUUGACAUCGGCUUUUCUGGUGCAUGCUAUACAUGGUCAAAUAAUAGGUCUCUAAUGCAGCUUGUUCAAGAGAGGAUAGACCGUGUUUUCAUAAAUGCUGAAUGGAAUGCUCUCUUUCUGAAAGCUUGUGUUGAGCACCUUGAAAGAGGCCAUUUAGAUCAUUGUCCAGUCAAGCUGCAUUGGGACAGAGCUCAAGGCAUCUGGCAAGAUUGGCCUUUUAGAUUCCAGCCAAUGUGGCUCUCCCACCCUUCCUUCCCGGACAUAGUGAGAGAUGCCUGGGCAAAUCCUAGCUCCUUAUUGCACUCAGUCUCCAAGUUCACUAAUAAAGCUAAGGUUUGGAAUAGGAAUGUGUUUGGAAAUUUGUUCCAUCAGAAAAAGCGUAUCCUUGCUAGACUUAGGGGUGUUCAAAUUGCCCUCUCUAAUAACCCCAACAACUUCUUAGUUUGA